AUGGAAACUGAAAUAGAACUCAUUAAUUCUGGGAUCGAUAAUAUUGAGCGUCUUAAUUUGUCCCCGAAAAUAACUGUGUUAAAUCUGCAUCACAAUCACAUUUCAGAGAUAAAUGGACUCACAAGAACGGCGUUGUUGCGUUAUUUGGAUUUAUCUUCCAAUUAUAUCACUAGAAUAUGUGGACUCGACAACUUGCAGCAUCUUCGAGUUUUGAACUUGUCGUCGAAUAAGAUUCGAUUCAUUGAUUCGUUAGACAACUUGAAUUGUUUAGUCCGCUUAGAUGUUUCUUUCAAUGAAAUAACUAGCCUAGUUGGUUUGAAAAAACUAUUUGGCCCUGGUUAUAGUUUGACUACUAUUAUAUUACAAGGAAAUCAAAUCCAGUCCAAGUCACAUAUUUUGGAGUGCCUAAAAAAUUUAGUUAAUUUGCGCCAAUUAGUUUUGCUCAAUCCACAAACUAGAGAUAGUAAUCCUGUUUGUUGCGAACCAGAUUAUCGGCUAGAUUUACUUCAGGGCCUUCCUCAAUUAGAAAUAUUAGAUCACGUUGACAGAAUGGGCCGUUCAACCCAAAUUGACGUCUUAGCCGAUUUGCCAGAACUGAAUAGAUUUCUCGAUAUGAUUCCUAUUUCCAGUUUGUUAGGAUCUGAUCAUUUGCUUGAAGAAAAAGACGAGAAACUGAACUGUAAUGAAGAUCAAAUACAUUGGUCAAAAAACUCUGCCGAUAAAGAAGUUAAAAAUAUGCAUUCGGUAACCUGUGAACAAAGUGACCAACAUAUUUCUACAUUAUCUUCAACAACUGAACGUCGUUUAUUAAAUUUAGAAAGUCAAUUAAAUUCGUUAAUCACUUCUCAUUUAAUGAGAGUUUAUCAAACUGAACAUAUUCAUUCAAAGCCUCAUAGUAAUGUACCUAAUUCAUCAGUUCAAGAAAAUAAUCUACAAACGUGUGAUACAGUAAACGCAAAAGUUGAAACCAACUCGUCUAGAGUGAAUGAUACACUUGAAAGUGUACACAAUGACUUGUGUCAACAUAUUCCAGAAAAAGAAGUGUUCAAUGGAGAACUUCACACUGAAACUAAUUUACAAUCGAAUAAUUUAAAAGUACAAUCAAUCAUUGAUAAAUCAUCAUCAUACCCUGUCCAACAGUUAGGUGCACAAAAUCUUCAACAUCUUAAUCAUUUAUCAACUGUGAAGAAACAAUCAAUUGUAGACAAAAAUCAACCAGAUACAUCAACAAAAUCGAAAUCAAUUCCUGGUAGAUUAUCUUACAAAACGUCAACUGAAAAGAAAACUAAACAAGAAAAUUCCAGAAGAUCAACUUCCACUGGAUUAAUGAAUUUCAAUAAUGAAUUAAUUGAUCAAAAUAAAAAAGUUCCUGUAACUAUGACAAUUUGUCCUACUUCAAAUAUACAAUUAAAUGAUCAUAGAAAUGAAAUGAAAACUAUGAAUAAAAUACUUUAUGAAUUUGAUCAGGAAAAAUCACGAAGAAAACAAUCUGAACAAUUGUGUCAAGAUUUAGUUAAUCGAAUACGUGAAUUAGAAUUAUCAGCAAUUGAUCAACGUAAAGCUUUAAAAGUAACAGAAGAAUUGAAACAAGCAUUUACUACAGAACAUCAAGAAAAAUUAUUAGUACAAUCUCAAUUAAAGAUAAUUGAACAAAAAUUUAAUGAUAUGUGCCAAAUUGUUGAUCAUUUACGGGUAAAAGAAAAUGCAGAAAAAGAUCGAUAUGAACAAGAGAUUGAAAAUUUAAACAAACUUAUCACUGAAAUACGCGCUGAUAAUAAAAAUGCAUUAGCAAGAGCAGAAAACGCUGAACAGAAAUUAGACAAAACCAAAACAUUGUUACGUAAUCGUGAAACAGAGUACGAAAAAGAAUUAAAUAAUCGUUAUAAAUUGGAUAGUCCAGAAUUAUCAAAGUUUAUAUCAGCGAAAAUUGAUCUAGAACGAGCACAUUAUCAAAAAGAUAUUGAUUUGCUUCAAGAAAAGUUAAUCGAGAGUACUAAACGUUACACAGCUCUUGAAGAUGAAUUCAGGAUGGCAUUAAGAAUUGAAGCAGAACGAUAUGAAACAUUACUUAAAACAUCAGAUUUAUGUAAAAAUGAAUUGAAUAAUACACAAUUACAAUUAAAAGAAAUGAUAGAACGUGAAGAAUCUGCACGUUGUUUAAUUCAAGAAUUAAAUGCGGUGGUUAAAGAACAAAAAUCUAAGUAUACAAGUCAACAAAAAGCCCAUCUUCUAUUACAACACAAUUUAAAAGAACGUAUCACAACUUUGGAAAUGCAUUUAGAAGAAGCCCAAACACGGAUUAGAAAUCAUGAAAAUUUACGAAAGGAAUUAAAACAACAGAAAGCUGAAAUGACAGCUCAAGAAUCGAUUAUUGCCGGAUUAAAAGCUGAAAGACGUAAUUGGGGUGAAGAAUUGGCUAAACAAGGAUCAGCUUUAGCUCAAGAUCGUGGACGAUUGGAAGCUAAAAUUGAAGCUCAAGAAUUAGAAAUAGCCAGUCUCAAAAAAUCUCUUGAAAAUGAAAAUGACUCUGUUAAAAUCAAGAGUAAAGUAAUUGAUGACCAAACAGAGACAAUAUUGAACUUAAAAAAGUCUAUUCAAGAGAAUCAAACUGAAAUAAAACGACUACAAAAUGAAAAUCUACAAAAUCGUCAUAAUUUAGAAAAUCAAUUAAAACAGAAAAUUCAAGAAAAUACAGAAUUGGAUGAUGAAAUCAAACGUCUUGUUAAACGCAAAGAAGAUUUGAAACUAUUGGUUGCUGACUUACAAUCAAAAGUAGAUGAAUUACAAAAGCAAAAUGAAUCUAUGUCACAGCGUUGGCGCGAUCGUACAAGUUUAAUAGAUAAGUUAGAAAAACAAGUAGAACAAAUGCGUAGUAAUUGGGAUGAAGAACAAAAACUUCUAAUUGACGAACGAGAUACAGCACGAAAAGAAAUUAGUGAACUACAUUCACAAAUGCAAAUUAUGGACGAAAGAUUUCGUCAACAACUAUCAUCUACUGAAGAAAUGAAAGAUUUGACAGUGAAUCGUGUGAAGAACGAAGCAGAACAAUUACGUAUAGCUUGUGAAGCACGUGUAGCUGAAGUGGAAUCAGAAAUGCGCACGAUCCUUUUAGAAGCAGAAAAUUCAAGAAAAGCUACACAAGAAAGACUUAGAUGUAUAUCAGCAGCAUUAUGUGCUCCAAUCUCACCACAUAACAAAAUCCAGUGCAUUAACACCUAA